GUGUGAAGCAAGCGGUGCAAAUAUAAAAUCGAGAAUAAGAGAUGUUGGGAAAUAAAUUCAUCUAUGAACAUAACCCAAAGAGGGAAAUCGGCAUCAGAAGGUUGUUUAUACCUUUUCUACUCUGAAGACAGGCGAAGCGAGGAUUUGGUGACGGAAAUAGAAGCCGUGUGUUGCAGUUUCAUAAGAUGAAUGGGAAAUAGAACUGCUUGCACAUCAUAUAUGAGGAUUUCCAAAGGUUUAGGGGGUUUUCCUCUGUAUUACCAGCACAGACUGUAUCAUCUUCUUCAGUCAUGGCUCCCUCACUGGCCACAGCCUUCUCCAGGCGAUGGUGGAUGGCAAUUACCGCGGUGGUUGAGAACCUGUUGUUCUCCGCUGUCCUGCUCGGAUGGGGUUCACUGCUCAUUAUGCUAAAAUCAGAGGGCUUUUACUCCUACCUCUGCAGAGAACCAGGUAACGGUACAGGGCAGAACGUAUCUGAGAAUGAAAACAAUACAACAGUAGUCCCAAGAGGCGAGGAGGAGGAUAAUCUUCAGAUGAAUGGCUGGCCCAUUUGUAAAGAGCAAGAUGAGAUGCUGAACCUGGCUUUCACCAUCGGCUCCUUCCUCCUCAGUGCCAUCACUCUGCCCCUCGGCAUCAUCAUGGACAAAUACGGUCCACGCAAAUUAAGGCUCCUCGGCAGUGCCUCGUUUGCCCUCUCCUGCAUCCUGAUUGCAUAUGGAGCCAGUGACCCUAGAAAUCUUUCCAUCCUGAUCUUCUUCGCUCUGGCGCUGAAUGGGUUUGGAGGAAUGUGCAUGACCUUCACCUCCCUCACACUUCCCAACAUGUUUGGUGAUCUCCGCUCCACUUUCAUCGCAUUCAUGAUUGGCUCAUAUGCCUCAUCUGCUGUCACCUUCCCAGGAAUAAAGGUGAUUUACGAUGUUGGGGUUGCCUUCAUCACCAUCCUUCUGGUGUGGGCUGGCUGUGCCGGCCUGGUCUUCAUCAACUGCUUCUUCAAUUGGCCACUCGAACCUUUCCCAGGACCCGAGGACAUGGAUUACACUGUGAAGAUCAAGUUCAGCUGGCUGGGCUUUGACCAUAAGAUUACUGGGAAACAGUUCUACAGGCAGGUGACCACCGUUGGUCGGAGGUUGAGUGUUGGCAACUCAAUGAAGAGCAAUCCACAACAAAUGGCCACACAAGAGGGCAAUAAACUCUGCUUGUCAACCCUCGAUCUAGAGGUCCAGUGCAAGUCUGAGGAGGAAUCCCAGUCCUUCAUGCGGAGCAUCUUUAGCCCCAUAUUCAUGCUCAGCCUCAUCACAAUGUGUGUGACUCAGCUCCGUCUCAUCUUCUACAUGGGGGCCAUGAACAACAUUCUGGAGUCCCUUGCUGAUGGAGACCUAAACAAAGUGGAGAGGAUGGAAAUGGUGAGCACGUACACAUCAAUCUUCGGGGUGCUACAGUUGCUGUGUCUCUUGACGGCCCCUGUGAUCGGUUACGUCAUGGAUUGGAGGCUCAAAGAGUGUGAGGACGAAAAUGAGAAACAAGUCGCAAAGGAUCCCACUCAGCCAAAGAAACGUGAUAAACAGAUCCAGAAGAUCAGCAACGCCACCCGUGCGUUCAUCUUCACAAAUUUGCUGCUGGUCGGCUUCGGGGUAAUCUGCCUGGUGCCCAAUCUUCCUCUACAGAUUUUGUCUUUUGUGUUGCACACCAUUGUGAGAGGCUUCAUUCACUCUGCCGUUGGUGGCUUGUAUGCAGCUGUGUACCCGUCUUCUCAGUUCGGCAGUCUGACGGGAAUGCAGUCCCUUAUUAGCGCACUUUUCGCAUUGUUGCAACAGCCUCUCUUCAUGGCCAUGAUGGGUCCCCUGGAUGGAGAUCCACUCUGGGUUAACGUGGGGUUGCUGGUCGUGAGCAUGCUGGGAUUCUGCCUUCCCAGUUAUCUUCUGUGCUACGGCAGGCGGCUGCGCCGAGAGAAACAGGAGCGCGAAGAAGACCCCAAAAUCUACGUCCAGAUCAACAACGGCACAAACCCCGAGGCCUUUGUCUAACUGAAACGCACAAAUGACAGCACCUAGCGUAGAGAGCGGAAAGAAGGAGGAUGGGAAAUAAAAGAAGAGAACUGAAGAAACACCUCCCUGAUCCCUCCUUCCAUCUGACACACACAUUCAUGUAUUUUCAAUAGGCACAUUACACUCAAACAGGCACAAAAUACAGCCAAAGCAACCAACAGUCUCACAAUGUGCCACACAAACACACGUUUACACAGAAAGGACUGAACGGACACUGUGAAAGGCAGGUCUAUCAAAAAAAUGAUGCCCUUGUCCAUGAAAGAGACAAGGACAUCAAGACUUUAUAUACUGCCUUGCGAGAAAGACGAGAAAGGCCCUCACGAUUUUACCUUGAUUCGGUGAAUUUCACACCAUGACGAAGCAGAUUCAGUGAAAUUCUCUCAGGUUUGAGGAAGCCUGAUGACGCUUCCUGAACAGAGUAUUAUUACAUCACUAGUGUUCAGCUUUGUUGCCAAGCUUUCAAACAUUUGCAUUUUUAGUGAACUGAUAUUAAAUCACUAUGAACACUUUACGUUGCUCUCAGCUCAUAAAGCUGCUGAAAAGCAAGACGAGGACCCUCCAUUGCUGUUUGAAACUGACAAACUACCUUAAAGCAGAGCAAUUCUGCCGUUUUCAUUGGAAGUGGGCAGAUUUUAGAUUUAAUCUCAUACAGUAUAUACAGUACCAGCAUGCUUUGGACAGCAUGAGCAUGCAACUGCAGCUUUUUCUGAACUGGGCUGAUUUUAAAAGACUUUCGGACCAUGCCAUCUGAGGCUAAUGUAACCUAAAGACAAUUUUAGUAUGAAAAUUGUGCUAUUAUUUGCUUAGGCAUGCAGUUUCAGUACAUCUAUGUACAUAUCAGUCCAUUCAGAAGGUUGUAGAAGCCAUGUGGGUCUAAAAGGUUUGGAUUAAGGUGGUAUUGGCCUCACAUUUCGAUUAAGAGUGACUGAUCUUCACCAGCAAUACUAUUCCACCCUGUACCACUUCCCCAUGCAGUACUACUGGUUGAGCUUCACUUGUUACUUAGUGUUUUUUUCCUUAUACUGACUCGAACAAUUAUUCAGGGUGUUUCACUUUUAGAGUAAUAAUUCAUAUCAGAUGUAUUCACCUGCAAUAUGAUCCCUUCAAGCUUUGCUUUGGCAUUGAGGGGUAUAAAAUGAGACACAGUGUACUCUCGGUAAAGAGAUUAGAUGCCAUUAUCGUAUAAAUAUAUAUCUAUAUCUUGCACUACAGGGUUCAUAAUUACAGAGGUGCUUACAUUAGCCAUUACAGAGUAAACGCGUUCUGUUUCAACCUCAUACAUACAUGAAAACCAUGUUAGCCAUACAACAUACAAGAUUUUUGUGUAUGUUCUCAUGAUUUCUGGUUACUACGGUGCUUACUAGAAUAGAAAAGCAAGGUUUCUGCAUUGAUACAGAAACUGAAAACACAGUUUAGUUAGGCUACUCAACCUUGUGGUGACUUGAAUUUAAUUCACAGCGAUUAAAAAAGGGAGACUUUUGAGACAUGCUUGACAAUCCCUUUGGAAACCCAUAUAUUUGUAGCUUAUAAUGGGUUUCAGGCCAGUAUUGUGCCCUGUGAAAGACAAAACAUGGUAUCUAUACAUAACUGAGCGAAAUUGGGUCUGAUAUGUCACGUGACAGAUGGGUAUUUUCAGAAAACAGUGUGAAAAAUGGUGUAAAGUCAGUCAAAUAGCUUUGAAAUCAAUUUAGCAAUUCCAGUGUUUAUGUAGUUAUUGUGUUUUGCACAAAUCAGUGAAUAUUUCUCGCAAAACAUUGAUUUUGAAGAUGUUAAGGUUAGGGCUAAAGCAAAUCCUCACUUGCUUUAACGGUAUUUUCACUGUAAGCUUCUCUGAAAUUAUUGGUUUCUCUGUCAAUUUUUGUACGAGAUCCUGAAUGAGUAAAUAUCUUCUCAUAAAUGUGACCUUAUUUUCUGACCCCUUUGAAGAGGAGCAGGUCAGAUCUUCCCAGCAACAUCCACUUAUCGUCUGUUACACUUUUUCGGAUUAUUUUCGCCAUAGCCGAGGCUAGACGCGAGUUCUAGAUGGUCUGCAUUGAACAUGCCUGGAUAUUGCAAGUGAAUUCCAAUCUACAGCAGUACUGUACUAAGCGUAAUGAAUGUGAGAGUGAACCCGUUUGCUCUCAGAAUGAGAAGUAGCACUUUUUCUCACUGCCAUACCUUAAAUUUUCAUUCUUUACUCAAGUCACAUUUUUUGGUUUAAAAUGUUGUUUAUGAUACCCCGUUGUACGUGUAUGAGUGUGGAAAAUGCCCAUACGCUGAGAUGUAAGAGGGAAGAAACGUGGGAAAGAUCAGCUUUAACAACAGUGUUUUCUCUCUGUAUUGUAUUUUUUAGUGUCAUUUGUUGAUUAUUUGGUUGAUUUUUUCUACUCUGUAGUUUGUGUUUUCAUUUACGUGUAUGUGUAAAUAGCAUUUUCUCUAUUUUUCUCUUUUUUGUGGGCGUUUUACUGUAUUUGGCUUUUGGUUUUCUUCAUUCUAUCACUAUAUAGCAACUUUUUUUUUGAAUAAAUGUCCCAACAAAAUAUCAGAUAUAUGAAAAUGAAUAAAAACAGAUUAAUUUGUAUGAAA